AUGGUAUACAGCGCGCCGCAAACUAUUCACACUCGUAGAAACACUAUAAGACCUACUUACAGCCAUUAGAUCACACGACACGUCAUCAAUCCGCGUUAUUCCCUGAUUCAACGGUCUAGAUGAAACCGUCUGCAUAGCUACCCAGAAAGAACGAAGAAGAUCCUUUCUCUAUUCCCACUUUUUUCUCUUCAAACAAAAAAUUCUGUAAAAUUUAAUUUUAACUUUUCUGCUAAAAAAAAAAAAAAGGAAAAGAAAUCUUUGAGAUAUGGCUAUCGUCAACGAUGAACGAGAGUUUGAGGAAGCAACAAUAACUCAUGAAGAAGUUGAAGAUAAGGAAGUGGAUGCUGAGGAUGGUGAUGAUGACGUGGAAGAGGAGGAGGAGGAUGAUGAUGAUGAGAAAGAGGUGACACAGAGCUCAGGUAGUGGUCCACAAGUUCACUCUGUAGAUGACGAUGAUGAUGAGGACGACGAGGAUGAUGAAGAUGAUGAGGAUGAUGAAGGUGACAGUGAUGACGACGACGACGACGACGAUGAUGAGGAUGAGGAUGAGGAAGAAGCUGAAGUAGAAGAAGAUGAGGGGGAUCUUGGGACGGAGUAUCUUGUUAGGCCAGUGGCCCGUCCCGAGGAAGAAGAAGAUGCUAGUGAUUUUGAACCAGAAGAAAAUGGUGAGGAAGAGCCUUUCGAGGAGGAAGAAGAGGAUGAUGAUGAAGACACCAGUGGGAAGGUGGAGGCCCCACCAAAGAGGAAGAGAUCAGGCAAAGAUGAUGAUGACGAUGAUGAUGAUGGCGGAGAGGAUGAUGAAAGACCAUCUAAACGAUAGGGCUUGGCCCAUCUGGCUGACCCUUGGUAUAGAGGUCAAUCCCCCAUCUUUUCCUCUCUUUUGUUUUAAUCAAAAACAAAUACCUCUAUAGAAAGACUUCAUGUAUGAUGAUGGUUCUUGUAGUUUUAGUUUUAAUCUCCUCUGGAUUUUGCAUAGUGAAGUUGGGGUACUACGAUUGUGACUCCAGUUUAGUUUAGUUUUGUAUAAGAACUUUGGUUCUAGUUUAGCUGCAAGUUACUGUAUGUGUGUUUCUAGUUGUUAACCUUCGUUAGUCUGCUGGAUGCUAUUUGAUGCAAAUAUAUUUGGUGGACUUAGUUUAAA